AGCGUCACCAUGGAGGACCUGGGAGAGAAUACCACUGUCCUGUCCACGCUGAGGUCUCUGAACAACUUCAUUUCUCAGCGAGUGGAAGGAGGAUCUGGCCUGGAUCUGUCCACUUCUGCCCCAGCAUCUCUGCAGAUGCAGUACCAGCAGAGCAUGCAGCUGGAGGAAAGAGCAGAACAGAUCCGUUCCAAGUCCUACCUCAUCCAGGUGGAGCGGGAGAAGAUGCAGAUGGAGCUGAGUCACAAGAGGGCUCGCGUGGAGCUGGAGAGAGCUGCCAACACCAGCGCCAGGAACUACGAGCGUGAGGUGGACCGCAACCAGGAGCUCCUGGCACGCAUUCGGCAGCUCCAGGAGCGUGAGGUUGAGGCAGAGGAGAAGAUGCGGGAGCAGCUGGAGCGCCACAGGCUGUGUAAGCAAAGCCUGGAUGCCACCAGCCAGCAGCUGCGGGAGCAGGAGGACGGCCUAGCCGCUGCCAGUGAGACGAUUAACACACUCAAGGGGCGUGUCUCUGAGCUGCAGUGGAGCAUGAUGGACCAAGAGGUGCAGGUGAAACGUCUAGAGUCUGAGAAGCAGGAGCUGAAGGAACAACUGGACCUGCAGCAGCGGAAAUGGCAGGAGGCAAAUCAGAAGAUCCAGGAGCUGCAGGCCAGCCAAGAAGAGAGAGCAGAACAGGAGCAGAAAAUUAAGGACUUGGAGCAGAAGCUGUGCCUGCAAGAGCAGGAUGCGGCCGUGGUGAAGAGCAUGAAGUCGCAGCUGCUGCAGCUGCCUAGGAUGGAGCGGGAGCUGAAGCGACUUCGUGAGGAGAACACUCAUCUGCGGGAGAUGAGGGAAACCAACAGGCUGCUGACGGAGGAGCUGGAAGGCCUGCAGAGGAAACUGGGCCGCCAGGAGAAGAUGCAGGAAGCUCUGGUUGACCUGGAGUUGGAGAAGGAGAAGCUGCUGACGAAGCUACAGAGCUGGGAGAGACUGGACCAGACCAUGGGUUUGAACCUCAGGACUCCAGAAGACCUUUCCAGGUUUGUGGUUGAGCUGCAGCAGCGAGAGCUCACCCUGAAGGAGAAGAACAGUGCCAUCACCAGCAGUGCCCGGGGACUGGAGAAGGUCCAGCAGCAGCUCCAGGAUGAAGUCCGGCAGGUCAGUGCACAGCUGCUGGAGGAGAGGAAGAAGCGGGAGAUGCACGAGGCCCAGGCCCGAAGACUCCAAAAGCGCAACCAGCUGCUGACCAAGGAGCGGGACGGCAUGCGUGCCAUCCUGGGAUCCUAUGACAGUGAGCUGACCCAGGCCGAGUACUCACCCCAGCUGACGCGUCGCAUGCGAGAGGCUGAGGACAUGGUGCAGAAGGUGCAUGCCCACAGCACAGAGAUGGAGGCUCAGCUGUCUCAGGCCCUGGAAGAGCUCGGAGGUCAGAAGCAGAGAGCUGACACUCUGGAGAUGGAGCUGAAGAUGCUGAAGUCACAGCCGAGCUCAGCUGAGGCCAGCUUCCGGUUCUGUAGAGAGGAGGUGGAUGCACUCAGGUUGAAGGUGGAGGAACUGGAGAGUGAGCGGAACCACCUGGAACAGGAAAAGCAGGCUCUGAAGAUUCAGAUAGAGAGGUGUACCCUCCAGGGUGACUAUGACCAAAGUCGAACCAAAGUGCUACAUCUGAGCCUGAACCCAGCUAGCGCAGCCAGGCAACGCCUGCGUGAGGACCGUGACCGGCUGCAGGAGGAGUGUGAGCGAUUACGGGGGCUCGUGCACACCCUGGAGAGAGGGGGCUCCAUCCCUGCUGACCUGGAGGGUGCUGCCAGCCUGCCCUCAUUCAAGGAGGUAGCAGAGCUGCGGAAGCAGGUGGAAAGCGCGGAGCUGAAGAACCAGCGGCUCAAGGAAGUUUUCCAGACCAAAAUCCAGGAGUUUCGAAAGGUCUGUUAUACACUGACUGGUUACCAGAUCGAUGUGACCACUGAGAGCCAAUACCGGCUCACUUCCCAGUAUGCUGAGCACCAGACCGACUGCCUCAUCUUCAAGGCCACGGGACCCUCGGGCUCUAAGAUGCAGCUGCUGGAGACAGAGUUCUCGCGCUCCGUGCCUGAGCUCAUUGAACUGCACCUGCUGCGGCAGGACAGCAUCCCCGCCUUCCUCAGCGCACUCACCAUCGAGCUCUUCAGCCGACAGACCUCGGCCUAACCUGUUCACACCUACUGUGUCGUUACUCCGCAGCCACAGGAUCUCAGCAUAGCCUGCACCCAGCAUCCCUUCUCUGUAGCUGCUGGAGCUCAGGCUGGCCUGUGCCAUCCCUGCUCUGCAGCACCACGUCGCUCUUUCGCCCAUCCAUGGCAGACCCACUCUAUAGCCUGCACGCACUGUAUCUCAGAUCUACGGCCCCAGACUCAGACUAGCCCUUCAUCCCCACAGAGUCACUCCACGUUGUCCCUGGUCCCCUCUGCCACUGUAACUGCAUCGUGUCACAUUAAGCCACAGCCUCUGCUCAGAUGGCCACCCUGUCUCAUGUCCCUGGCCAGUAGGACAGCUGCUAGGAACUACCAUGCCGAUCCUAUCCCCCCAUAUUCUUGUCUUCCCUGGAACACUGGGCCUCUCUUCCCCUUCCUUCUGUUCUGAGCCCCUUCCUGUCCUGAAGUGUCCCCACACCAGCUGUCCUGGUGCGAGAACUGGUGGCCAGGCUGUGGCCUGACUCCACAGUCCUGGCCUGAUGAAAUAAAACUUUUUCUCCAUUA